GAAAUGUGCCGAGGGGCCCGUGCUGCCUGGGCCAGUCGAAGCGGCGCAGCCACCCGUGCGCGCGCGCUCGCAAGACCACCCGCGCCCAGAGUCCCAGUCUGAGGCUUGGCGCCGGGGGGUCUGAGGGCGAGGCGAGCUCUCUACGGGCCAGGGGCUAGUGGGAGCCGGCACUAGAGGGUGGAGGAGCCAGAAACCCCAAACGUCCGGCGUCGGGCGCUAGCCAAGCUGCUGCGCGCCCCGGCGCCCAGCUGGCUCGGGGACAGCUGCUGGGUGUCGGAGAUCAGAGUUAGCGGACUGCAGCGGAAGAGCAAAGAUGUCACACUGGAUCCUUGGCCUCCAGGGUCCGUUAAGGUGAGAAUAAGAUCUCUGGACUGGACUGACUGGACCUAGCCUAAGACCGAAAAGCAGCCAUGGACAUGGUGGAUAAGCCACUCAAUGGAAGCCACACAUGGCUAUCCAUUCCAUUUGACCUGAAUGGCUCUGUGGUGUCAACCAACACCUCAAACCAGACAGAGCCAUAUUAUGACCUGACGAGCAAUGCAGUCCUCACAUUCAUCUAUUUUGUGGUCUGCAUCAUUGGGUUGUGUGGCAACACACUUGUCAUUUACGUCAUCCUCCGCUAUGCCAAGAUGAAGACCAUCACCAACAUUUACAUCCUCAACCUGGCCAUCGCAGAUGAGCUCUUCAUGCUGGGUCUGCCUUUCUUGGCUAUGCAGGUAGCUCUGGUCCACUGGCCCUUUGGCAAGGCCAUCUGCCGGGUGGUCAUGACUGUGGAUGGCAUCAAUCAGUUCACCAGCAUCUUCUGCUUGACAGUGAUGAGCAUCGACCGAUACCUGGCUGUGGUCCACCCUAUCAAGUCGGCCAAGUGGAGGAGACCCCGGACGGCCAAGAUGAUCACCAUGGCUGUGUGGGGAGUCUCUCUGCUGGUCAUCUUGCCCAUCAUGAUAUAUGCUGGGCUCCGGAGCAACCAGUGGGGGAGAAGCAGCUGCACCAUCAACUGGCCAGGUGAAUCUGGGGCUUGGUACACAGGGUUCAUCAUCUACACUUUCAUCCUGGGGUUCCUCGUACCCCUCACCAUCAUUUGUCUUUGCUACCUAUUCAUUAUCAUCAAGGUGAAGUCCUCUGGAAUCCGAGUGGGCUCCUCCAAGAGGAAGAAGUCUGAGAAGAAGGUCACUCGAAUGGUGUCCAUCGUGGUGGCUGUCUUCAUCUUCUGCUGGCUUCCCUUCUACAUAUUCAACGUUUCUUCUGUCUCCAUGGCCAUCAGUCCCACCCCAGCCCUUAAAGGCAUGUUUGACUUUGUGGUGGUCCUCACCUAUGCUAACAGCUGUGCCAACCCUAUCCUAUACGCCUUCUUGUCUGACAACUUCAAAAAGAGCUUCCAGAAUGUCCUCUGCUUGGUCAAGGUGAGCGGCACAGAUGACGGGGAGCGAAGUGACAGUAAGCAGGACAAAUCCCGGCUGAAUGAGACCACGGAGACCCAGAGGACCCUCCUCAAUGGAGACCUCCAAACCAGUAUCUGAACUGCUUGUAGGGUGGGAAAAAACCAAGCCAUGCUCUGUCUACUGGCAAUGGGCUCCCUACCCGCACCCGCUUCCUUCCUCCCACCCCUCACACCUGGCUUCUAGAAUAGAGAAUUGCUCAGCAUGAGUCCAAUUCAGAGAACAGUGUUUGAGUCAGCUUGUCUGAUUGAAUGAUAAUGUGCUAAAUUGAUUACCUCCCCCUUAAAGCGAACAUUGAAAUGCAGGUAGGCAAUUCAAAGUCUGGAGAAGAGGGAUCAUGCCUGGCUAUCAUCUUUAGAAACAACAAAAAUAGAAAAGUAUCUGUGUGUUUGUGUAUGUAAAACUCAAUAUGUAAUCUUGUGUUUUUAUAUUUAUCCUAGUAUAUUCCUAUUUAUUCUCUGUAUAGGCAUUACCUACGUUCCCGUGUUCACAUACAUAAGUAUCUAAUUCGAGUGUGCAUAGUGUAGAUGGACAUUUGCCACAAUACAGUGCCCGCAGAAAUGGACUUAUCAUGAAGUCAAUAAAGUCCAAGCUUCAGGGGUCUCUUUUGCACGGGCCUUUCCAAGGCCCAGGAGGGACCCGGGCAGUAUGUUCAUGUGGUCAUAUGUUUUUGUAAAAAAUUGUGAAAGUAA